CUGUUUUACCGAUCGAAACGUAAACAGUUUACUCGCGGGACACGUAUGUUGUCUGCAAGUUUUAUAGCUGCUCCGAUAUCAGCAGUUGAAUUCGUCGUGUCAAAAUGGCUGAUCUAAAUAAAGAGCUGAACGAGUAUCUUUUGAGCAGUAAAAAUGAAAAACAAUACAAAAUUAACAUGCCGGCUAUGUCCCUGUCAAAGCCCAACAUCGGAAAAUGGUUUGGCCGGAGUUCAGACGAAGAGAGACAAGAAUCUGGCAUUUUUCGUGCCCAAAAAGAUUGCUGCAGUUUGACGAGAAUGCAAAGACUGACUGCUUUUGGACUGUGUUUUUUCAUGGGUAUCGUGUGCUUCACUUUUUCUGCUAUUUAUAUUCCAGUAUUAAUCUUAAAAGCUAGGAAAUUUGCUUUACUAUACUCCAUGGGAAGUUUAUUCUUUUUAAUGAGCUUUGCAUUUUUGUGGGGACCCAUGAGUUACUUGAAAUCUUUAUUUUCUGCUGAGAGAAGAUUGUUUUCAUUGGUGUACAUAGCCACAUUAACUGGAACUUUAUAUUUUGCUCUGCAUUUGCAAUCAACACCCUUAACUGUGUUGUGUGCUGUGUGCCAGUUGAUUGCGAUGUUGACUUUUCUAAUUAGUGCUGUGCCUGGAGGAACCACUGGAUUGAUAUUUUUUUCAAGAAUGUGCAAGUCAUCAGUUAGCACAACCUUGUCUGUUUAGUUAUUAAAUUAAAUAACAAUUAUUGACAGGCAGAUAUUGUGAAAUAAUUUUGUAAAUA